AUGACUCAUCUGCACAAAGUCAGGUGGCGAGCUUCAGAGCUCCUCAGGACUCUAGAUGACGGGCCUGAUGAGGAUGCCGACUGGGAUGAUGAGAGGGAGAUGGAGAGGGUCGCUUCUAGUUUCCUCCAAGUUCCAAAGGCUGAAUAUGUCCCUAACAUCAUUCGUAGGGACGACCCCUCCAUCAUCCCCAUUCUUUAUGACCAUGAACGUGCCACGUUUGACGACAUCCUCGAGGAGAUCGAGAAGAAGCUGGCGGCCUACAGGAAAGGCUGUAAGAUCUGGAACAUGCUCAUUUUCUGUCAGGGAGGACCUGGACAUCUGUACCUGCUGAAGAACAGUGCCACAUUUGCGAAGGUGGAGAAGGAAGACGACAUGAUCCAGUUCUGGCGGCGGCUCGGCAGGCUGAUGAGCAAGCUGAACCCAAAGCCCAACCUCAUUCACAUCAUGGGCUGCUACGUGCUGGGCAGCGCCAAUGGGGAAAAGAGAAAGUGUCUGAGGCGAAGGACGGAGCUGCAGGUCCGGUCAGGGACGACUUCCACCAACCUGCGAGGAAAUGGUCUGACAGUCAACUGAAG